AUGGCCGAGGUCACAGAGCCAGAGCAGGGCGCCCCGGGUCCCCAGGGGCCGCUGGAGGGCCCCGCACUUCUGGCGGAGAGACCAGGCGAGCCGGGGACCGCGGACCCGGAGGCGAAGGGGGAGGAGACGAGCGAGGACCCCGCAGGGACGGCGAGUGGGGAGGGGGCGGGCGCAGCCGCGACGGCCGCGCUGAGGGAGGGAGAAGACACAGGGCCAGACGGAGGGCGCGGGGGUAAGUUGGAGCCCGGCGCGGGCAGUGACCCGGAGGUCGAGGCGCCGGGCGCGAGCGGAGCGCAGGGAGAGGCGCAGGCCCAAGAGGGUGCCCCGGAGGGCGAGGGAACCCCUCGCGGAGGGGAGGAGGCGAGCGGCGCGGAGCAGGUGGAGGAGGCGAGCCCCGGGCGCGACGCGCAAGGUGGGGCCUUGGGAGAGGCUCAGGGGGAGCCCGGGGAGCCCGCGGUCUCCAAGGCAGAGGAGGAGGCGGAGCGCAGGCCGGGGGAACCGGGAAGCAGCGCGCCCUGGGCGCCGGGGCCCAGCGUGGACGCCGAGGGGCCGCCGGGGGUCUGCAUGGAGGCCGAGGAGCUGGCGGGACCGGCGCCCGGGGACGAGGGGGAGCCCCGGGACCGAGGGGACCGCAGCCCCCAGCCUCAGGUGGAGUCGAUUGAGGCCGCAGCGGCGGAGGGUGGGGAGCUUGCAGGGGAGCUUCAGGGUGCAGAGGUGGGAGCCGUGGAGGAGGCUGGGGCCUCAGGGACAGAGGAAUCCGAGGAAGCGGCCGCCGGGGACUCGAGGGCAGACGCUGGCGAGGACGGAGACCACGAGGGCCCCCAGGCGGAGGCAGAGGACAAAGAGGAGGAGAAGGGAGAUCGCGGCCCGGACGGGGCAGGCGAGGUGGGGCCCCCCGACGGCAGCGUGGCCGGGGAGGCGGUCGCGCAGACCAGCGAGACCGGGGCGGUGGAGCAGAGCAACCACCUGGCGGAGGAGGGCAGCGCCGAGGGCGCGGACGAGACGGCGCGCGUGAACGGCCGUGGGGAGGACGGCGAGGCGUCCGAGGAGGGGCCCCCGGCGCAGGAGCACGACAUCACGCUCUUCGUGAAGGCUGGCUGUGAUGGAGAGAGUAUCGGAAACUGCCCGUUUUCUCAGCGUCUCUUCAUGAUUCUCUGGCUGAAGGGCGUUAUAUUUAAUGUGACAACGGUGGACCUGAAAAGGAAACCCGCAGACCUGCAGAACCUGGCUCCCGGAACGAACCCUCCUUUCAUGACUUUCGAUGGGGAGGUGAAGACGGAUGUCAACAAGAUCGAGGAGUUCCUGGAGGAGAAACUGGCCCCCCCCAGGCACCCUAAGCUGGCGACCCAGCACCCUGAAUCUAACUCUGCAGGAAACGACGUGUUCGCCAAAUUCUCAGCAUUUAUAAAAAACACCAACAAGGAUGCCAGCGAGAUUCAUGAGAAGAACCUGCUGAAGGCCCUGAAGAAGCUGGACAGUUACCUAAACAGCCCCCUGCCCGACGAGGUCGAUGCCGGCAGCGUGGAGGAGGUCACGGUUUCUGGGCGGAAGUUUCUGGACGGGGACGAGCUCACGCUGGCGGACUGCAACCUCCUGCCCAAGCUCCACAUUAUUAAGAUCGUGGCCAAGAGAUACCGAGAUUUCGAGUUCCCCUCCGAAAUGAGCGGCCUCUGGAGGUACUUGAACAAUGCCUACGCCAGAGACGAGUUCACCCACACAUGUCCGGCCGACCAGGAGAUUGAGCGCGCCUACUCGGACGUGGCGAAGAGGAUGAAGUGA